ACUUACCAUAGUUUAAAUCCGAAAGAGGAAAAAAAGGGUUACUAGUUGUGUAAGGCAUUUAAUUUUUCUUAUUUUUUUCUCCAAUAGUACCUCUGAACCCAUCAUGAGCAGUGGAAUCUUUGAUUUGAAAUCGCAAUUGGUCAUAUACGGAGCGCAUCAUAACAACAAAGUCAAUGUCAUUAUACACAUGAUCUUUGUCCCCAUUAUUCUGUGGAGUGCUCUUGUCUUUGGAGCCAAGUCGGGACCUCUUGUCGAUAUGAAUGCAUUACCAUCCUCGUUGCAAUGGCUCAAGCUAUUUGGUCCUAAUUUGAGCUUCUUCACCAUGUGCUUAUACAGUGUUUACUACAUGAUUCUUGACCCCGUUGCCGCGGCAUUGGCUUCCCCACUCUUGUUUGCUGCGUGCUAUCAUGCAACGAAUUUCUUAAAGACCAAUCCUCAAGCCAUCAAGAUUGCACUCUCUAUUCACAUUGCUGCUUGGAUUUUCCAGUUUCUGGGUCACGGCGUAGCCGAAAAGAGGAGCCCAAAGGUUUUGGACAAUCUUGUGCAAGCCUGUGUGUCAGCACCUUACUUUGUCUUUUUUGAGCUUCUCUUUGCAUGCGGAUAUCGCCCUCAAUUGUACAGGGAAGUAAGGACCGAGGUCGAAAAAGAUAUUGCCGAAUUCCGUGCUCGAAAGGCCGGCAAGAAAAACAAAUGAACAACCAAAAAAAAAAAAAAAAAAAUAUUUACUAU